AGCAGCUGAAGAAAAGCGAUCGACCUCAUAACGAAUCACGAGUUUUAGUGCCCAGAAGAUAGUGUGGGAGCAAUGAUCAGGUGGCACAGAGGGAAGGCUGUUUUGCUCUUCUCUUUCUCCUUGUCUUCGUGUUCGUGAAUGUACAGCUACUUAGUUUAUAGUUCUAAAAAGUGUUCGUCGUCGUCGCCGGGGCGUAUACCGUGUUGUGUGUGUGCGUUUGUUUGCUUUUCUACUACUUACAUGCUUCACAAUCUUCACAUGCUUAGGUACUUUUCACUAACAUAUUAACAGAGCAAGUGAGAGUUCAGAGUUGUGAGUAUAUAUGUGUAAGUGCGUAGCCCAUUUAAGAGGUCGACGACUGUGGAAUGUCACAACACUCAAUAGCAAGAACACUAGUGUGACAACUCUAAGGUCCGAGGAACGCCCAGGAGGUACGACGGGCUGCUCUCCGCACCAUAUACCUACUUAAGACCAUGUUCUGUUGAAGAAACAUCUCGCUGAAUCUUACCACAAAACCUGCAUUAUAUACCAUACGAUGCGCUGCUAGCAGGCAGCAGCAAAACGGUAACGACGACGACGAUCUGCAGGGAGUGUGCAUCGGUGCAGUCUGCUGGAACUGCAGCUGGACGACGACAACAGCGGUGGCGGUGGUGGUAAACGGGCGAGGACGAAUAUAACUUGCAAGAACAACUUUUAAGGCACGCAAAAUGUCGAAAAAAGAUGGGAACAAAAUGCUGGUUCACCAGUUGUCAUCUGUGUUGCCAGAUGACAGGCCUAUUACAGCAAUAAACAUCAUAGAGGACAUAGACAAGUGUCCACCGAAUUUCACUGUUGUAUCCAGAACCUAUGAUCUAGAUGCAGACGCGGACCUAUGGCGAGAAAGUGGUUUGUUUAUAAAGAAAAAAUCCAGAUACCUAUGUUUCUCAAAGACUGAAGGACUGCCACACUCUGUGAUUGAAAAAAUAUCCAUUGUUGACGAAAGAGAGCCGCCUCCCGAAGGAUUCAGCAUGAUAUCUCACACUGUAGACACGAUGCAAAAAGCAUGGCGAAAACGACAACUGUGUUAUAAAAUUAGAAAUAAGGAUUUGUGCACAUGUGCGGUAUCAGAUAUUAUUAUUUGCAGUAGGAUUGGCAAGGGAUCCAAAAUGGCACCUAAUGAAUUUACUUUUGCUGGCGUUAUAAAUGGAGUUUACCUUUGUUAUAAAACCGUUCCACUGUCAGCGGCAUCGUUGACCGCUCAGCCAUAUGCCAACAUAGAAUUGUUCCAAACGUCGUCGCCAACACCGUCAAACGGUACGCCGCACAGGCCAGCCCCAGAACGGCCGCCAAAACCGAAAUUCACAUCAAAGCAGCAGCAGUCACCCGCGACAAACGGCCUAUAUCCGCAAAUAAGCCCGGCAAAGUCCGAAGAGGCGGAUCAAGACUACGAGGUGCUGAGCACAAGUGCAAGAGUAAAGCCAACGCGACCCGCGCCAAGGCCACCGCCUAACAAAUCACCCCAGGUCAGCUCCGUGCCAUACGGUACGCUCUCAGGCUCGUCAGAUCUCGAUGGAGUUCCUUUUGCACUUAAUCCUCAACUCAGCUUUGAUACACCGAGUUUGCUUGAUAAGAACUUUCCUGUGAUUAGUAUCCGAACUCAGAAGGAGCUGGAUAAAGAGUAUUUCUACGACUUUCGGACUGAGAGGGAAACUUGAAGUCAUAUCGUGCCAAUUGAAUUGCUUGAAAUGUACGGAUUUUCAGCUAUAUGUAUACAUCUGUAUCGGAUAAUAUGAUAUAGCUCUAGCCAUGUGUAAGAGUGCCUGAACGUGAAUGAUUCAUAACGUGAAAUAAUCAGUUCAAAACGAGACAAACAAAACACAAGCAAUCCAUUCAUCGUCUCGUUGAGUGAUAAAGAAAUGUGGAGUACUAAUAAAUUUAAGUGGUGUCGUUAUGCUCGUUCUGCUCGCUAAUAUAAUUUUCACCCCACAACACGACUUCCACAUUUCUCAUUUCGAAUGUCUAUAAUAGUAGUCACCAUGAGGAUUGUAUUUUUAUAGACCUGCGUUAUUUUAUUGUUCGUAGGAGUUACAUAAAUAUAUAUAUAUAUAUAUUUAAACCUUGUACGAUAUGUUUUAGUUAAUUAUAAAAAAAAGGAAAAAAAAAAAAAAAAAACGAGAAACAAAUACAGAAAUAUUUAACAACACUUUACACUACUGCGUCAAGAGCUUAUAAAUAUUGAGUAAGAAAUUUUUUUAAUAAAAAAAAA